UUCCUAAAAUAAUCAACUUCAAUUUUUGUUUUUCAUUGUCUUGCAUCCAAUGAAGUAAGAUUAGAACAACCAUUAACUAUGAGUAAAAUUAAAAAAAUCUGAAACAUUUGUUCCAUCUAAUGUAAGAGUUUAAUGCUCAGAUCUUGCACAUUUAUUGAUGGCCAAGGAAGCACUUCUGAAGUGGAUAUUGAAGAUUUAGGAAAAUCAAAAGCUGAUCUAUUAGCUCCAUUUUCAGCGAAGUUGAUUGAUGGUAUUAACCAAAGCGAGGCUAGGCGUAGAGCCCUCGUGCUUUUAUGUUUUGUUUACAUGAAUGCAAAUGCAAAGGAUGCUUACGUUACAUCAGUUGAUCGCAAGGGAUUCGAUGUGCUAGCAAAAGUCACCGGUCCAGUUUUGAAGGAUGGUGUUGGUCAGUACCAAUGGAAAGAGUUCAGGUUCAUGUUCAAGCAAGAGGCAAACGAUGUUGAAAUGUUCUGUAAUCAAUUAGUUGAAAUGGAACAGGAAGUGAUCAAUAAGGUUUCAGCUUCUAGUGGAUUAAAUUAAAUAUGUAACCUUUGUUGGAUCAUUUUCUUUUGGUAUAAUAAUUUUUGUUUUCAGCUAAAAGAUGGGUUAUGUGACAGUUACACAUGCAAUUGUGCAAGAGACUGCUCAUCACGAUAGUGUACUUUUCAUAUUAUUAUAAAUGACGUAAAAGAACUUUUUUUUUAA